CUGGCGGAAGCCACCGUUCCAACAUGGCGGCCGAGGCGGACGGGCUGUUCCGACGGGUGCUGGUGCCGAUUCUUCUGCCUGAGACGUGCUACGACCAACUCUUCGUCCAGUGGGACCUGCUUCACGUUCCCUGCCUCAAGAUUCUCCUCAGCAAAGGCCUUGGGCUGGGCAUCGUGGCCGGGUCACUUCUGGUAAAGCUGCCGCAGAUACUUAAGAUCCUGGGAGCCAAGAGUGCGGAGGGCCUGAGUCUCCAGUCGGUGAUGCUGGAGCUAGUGGCGCUGACGGGAACUGUGGUCUACAGCAUCACCAACAACUUCCCCUUCAGCUCUUGGGGUGAAGCACUGUUCCUGACCCUCCAGACAGUCACCAUCUGCUUCCUGGUCAUGCACUACAGAGGAGAGACCGUGAAAGGAGUCGCUUUCCUGGCCUGCUACGCGAUGCUCCUGCUGGCGCUGCUCUCGCCACUCACACCUCUGGCUCUAGUCACCCUGCUCCAGGCCUCCAAUGUCCCUGCCGUGGUGGCGGGGAAGUUGCUGCAGGCAGCGACCAACUACCGCAACAGGCACACGGGCCAGCUCUCGGCCAUCACCGUGUUCAUGCUGUUUGGGGGCGCCUUGGCCCGCAUCUUCACUUCGGUUCAGGAAACUGGAGACCCCCUCAUGGCUGGCAUCUUUGUGGUCUCCUCCCUCUGCAAUGGUCUCAUUGCUGCCCAGGUCCUCUUCUACUGGAAUGCAAAGCCUCCCCACAAACAGAAAAAGGAGCAGUAGUGUGGAGCCAGCAUCCGGAAUCAUUCCAUUUCCACCAUCCACUCAACUAUCUUCCUCCAUUCCUCAACUGCACCUCCUGAGCCAGGGUUUGUGUAAACACUGAUUUCACCAACUGGCUGAGGUUCCUCCUGUGAGCAGCUGUUUUCUUACCGGAGCAGAAGCUUGUCUUGUCCACUUACCUUCCUUCUGGACGGGGGACAGAGCCUGGACAGAUGUGGUUGUGAGCUUGUGGCUGCUUCCCUUUGCCCCCUGGCUGGGACAAUCUACUGGACCCCGAUUCUGGAGGUGGGGGAGGGGAGAAUGACUCAGAUAAGGGCCUCAGGGUGGGGUGGGGAGGCUCCUGCUGGGGCAGGUCCAGAGGAAGGGUGUGGAGAGGCAGGGGUUGCUGUAGCGGUGAGGGUACAGAUGGGCAAUAAAGACUCGGAGACGCACUUUGAUUGUA